AUGGGCCCGGAGGACAGCGUGCGCCAGCCGGGUCGGGCGGAGGUCGAAGCCAUCCUCGCAUGGGUCAGGGACCACGGCGGAGACGUAUCGAAGGUUGAAAUCAGCGCAGCCGCGGAAAGGACGCUCGUGGCCCAGCAGCGCAUCGCGCCUGGAGAGUGCAGCCUCACCGUCCCGCAGCACCUGAUCCUCCACGCGGGGCUCGCUCAGGACGACGUCGACUACGGGCCCGACUUCCGCGCGCUUGCCCGCGAGGAGGGGGCGUCCCUCGACGCCCGCUUCCUGCUGUCCCUCCUCUUGCUGGUGGAGCGCUGCCGCGGCGCCGAGUCCUUCUGGGCGCCGUACGUCGCGGUGCUCCCGCGGACGUACGAGGAUCCGUGGUGGUGGGACGACGACACCCUCGAGCUCAUCAGUGGCACGCGUCUGGGUCGGGCCGUGGUGGCGCAGGGCGAGAACGUGAAGACGGUCGGACGUCUCGCGGCGCGGCUGGUGCAGCUGCGAAGCGAGCGCACAGGAGACGGCGGGGGAUGCAUCGCGGAGGCAACAAUCACAGGCGAGCGGGGAUGGGGCUUGACUGAGCUGGCGGCCAAGUGGGCGCGGUCGUCCGUCUGGUCGCGCGCGUUCAACGUGCACGAGCUCGGAGACCAUGGAAAGACGAUCUGUCUUGUACCAGUGAUUGAUAUGCUCGACCACAACCCAGGCCACCAGGCAGCCUGGCACACCGCUGGCGGGAAAGGGCCGUUUCACAUGGUCACGUCGACCGGCGUGGAGGCCGGCGCGACGCUCUGGAACAACUACGGCCUCAAGGCGAACGAAGAGCUCCUGCUCGGGUACGGCUUCGCCCUGGAGAACAACCCCCGGGACUUCGUUCACGUCACCAUCGCCACCGCACCCCCCCCCGAGGACGACGCCGGCGGAAGCACCCCCGCGGAGGCCGACGUCGGCGACUGGGCCCAGCAGGCCAUCCUCCUAUCGGCCAUGGGUCUCGAGAACCGCGUCCAUCUCACCCGCGAGCGCCCGUUCCCUGAAUACUUAAUCAACCUGACUCGGGUCUUCCUGUCUGACGACGCCGGCCGCCAGCGCCUCCUCUCCUCCCUUCCGCGCUUCGGCGCGGCAGCGCACGCGCAGAGCGACGACACCGGCGCCGCAGCCGCGGAGCUGCGCUCGCCGCUGCUGCGGUGCGGCGCGAAGACGGAAUGGGACGUGUUGCGCGGUCUGCAAGUACAGCUGCGGGCGACGAGGGACGCGAUGCGGGGCGGCGCCGACGGGGCAGCGGACCUCGAGCGGGCUCGGCAGGCCAUGGCCGAGGGUCGCGCCGCCACGGCGUUCGCUCUGAUGUACCGUGCGGGGCAGAAGGACGUUUGCAAUGCGGCUUUGGAGGCGCUUCACGCCCGGGCUGUGGAUCUGGCGGUGCUCCUGACGCGCCUGCCGCGCGGCGAACUGCCUGGGAGGGCGCGCGGCGAAGGUGCGGGGCCGGCGGCGCCGAAGCUGGAGGUUGUGGGAUGGGAGGAGUGCGGGCGGGUGUUGGUGGGGACGGAGGAGGGGGGGGGUCCGCGGGAGUGGACUGUGGACGGCGGGGAGGCGUAUCCGGCGCUGCGCGCGACGUGUCGGCCAACGGGGACGACGGAGUGGUGCGGCUGGCGGUCGGGGGUGCGCGUGUGCACGCCCUGUCAGGCGGGGGAGGUGUUGUGCCGACUCCCCCUGCACGAGUGCCUCGUGGCGGUCGACGAGGCGACGCUCGCGGUCGCGCUGACCGUCUUCGCGCUCGGGCUGAUGUACGACAAGACCGGCGGCGGCGACGCGGCGCCCUCCCCGCCGCUCGCAGUCCGACAGCUGGCGCGGCACGUGCCUGCAGGGUUCGCGCAUCGCGUCCACAUGGGCGGCGCGGACUGGAGCGUGCUUGGCAGCGUUCUGCAGAACGAGGCCGGGGAGGGGGAGGAGCGCCUCGCUUCGUUCGUUGCAAUGGCCAUCGACGCGAGUCACCGAAACACCGCGGAGUGCUUCGAGGACGUGCACGCCGAGCUGACGGCGGCGAUCGAGAACGCGCCCGGGCUCGAGUUCGAGGAGAUAGCGUUCGAGGACCUCGCUGGUGCGUUCGCGUGGGCGCUGCACGCGGCGCAGAACUGUGCGAUGUCCAUCGAGGACGCUGUCGGGGUGCCCGUGGGCGCGAUGGUCGGGGUCGCGAUCCUCCCGUACGUCUGUCUCAUUCCCGAGGGCAUCCGCAACCUCAUCGGCGAGGUGUGCUACGUCGAGCAGGGCACCGCGUGGGUCGAGUUCAGGACGCGCGUCGCGCUCCCUGCCACCGCUCAGGAGCCCUUGCGCCUCGACAUGGCCGCACUGCACUUCGGAUCGCGCGCCGAGGCGCGCUUGCUCGCGCUCGGCCCCGAGUCCAUCCCACCUGCUCGGGCGGCGGUCCUGGAGGCGUCCCCUGAGCUGGGUUGCGUCUUCGCGGAGCACGCCGUGUUCGUUGUGCCAGCGGAGGACUCCGACGACGCGGCCGCGCGACACCACGCCCUGGCCGCCGCGGGCCUCGCCGGCUGCCACCUGCUGCCUGCGGCGGCCUCCUGCGGCGACAGGGGCCUUGCAGCGCACCCGGGCGCGGAACGGGGCGUUCUUGCGGGCCUGCUGCUGUCGCUCGGGCCGUGGGAGGCGGUCGAGCGCGCGGGCGUUGCGGACCUGCAGCGGGCGGUGCGCGGCGCGGAGGAGCGGCGGCGCGCGUGCCGCCACGUCACGACGACAAUGCAAGAAGAGAUUGAACGGAUGGAUUCGGAGGCGUCUGCGGGGCUGACGGAGGCGGCGGGGCGGCUGGCGGAGCGGCUGGUCGCGGAGAAGGACGGGCGGAAGCUUGCGCGAAAGAUGCUGCGCGACGAGCUGAAGGCGGCGCGUGCAAGGUUGGUGGCGCCGGACCUGGCGCUGCAGGGGGCGCCGGAGGGGAGCUUGGCGGCGGAGGGGGUGUACGUGUGGCUGGACGCGGUGCGUGGGGAGGUGGAGGAGCACGUUGCGGCGCUGUCGAGGGGCGGGAAGAAGCGAAAACGGGCCGAUUCGGACACCCCCGGGGGGAGUUGA